AUGAAAAAAUAUGUAAGUAUUUUAUUGGAUCAAAAUAAUGAUUAUAAGGUUACGCUCAUUGCUACAUAUGGUGAUAUUAAUCAAAAAUAUAAUAAUAGUUUGAACAUCAACAAUAGCAACAAUAAUAGUAGUCACCAUCGUCAUGAUAAUGAUAAACCCCACUACAACCACAACUAUAAUAGUAAUAGUAAUAGCAAAGAAAAGAAAUCUUCCAAAAAUAGUUUUUAUGAUUACAUAAACUCUGAUGAUAAUAUAAAAAGAAAACUAAGUGAUCUAGAUGAUGCAGAAUUAGAUGAUAUAGUUGAAUCAUUUGAAGCAAAAAAACAGAGUAGCAAAAAAAAUUUUAUUGGUAGUGUUAGUAAAAGUAGCAGCAAUAGUAUUAAUAAGAAUCAUCGUGAUAGUAAAAAACAAACCAGUAGUAAUUAUAAUAAUAAUAAUAAUUCAAAUAUAAUACUAUCACCGAUAAGUUCUAAUAUGCUAUCACCAACUCCAACUGAAAGUUCAAAAAUACCAUCUUCAAUUUCCCCGACAUUAACAACCCCAAAAAUAACAACAGUAACAACAACAACAAUAGCAACAACAACAACUUCAACAUCUACCUCAACAACAACAGCAAUAAAAACAGUUAAUCAAAAUAUGUGGGUAUUAGGUACAGACCAAUUACUAUUAAAAGAUAACUCAAUGUAUAAAGAUGUAGUUUUAGAACCGUUGCAUAAAAAGAGAAAGAAAAAGAAAUCAAACGAAGAAAAAAGAGAUAAAGAAGUCUCAAGAUUAUUAUUAAUUCCAUCCAAUGUAAACAAUUUCGUACCGACUAUAGAAUAUAAAGAUAUUUUAAUUGAUGAUGUUAAUGAAGGCGGAAGAAAAGUUAACUCAUUAGGAGAAACUGAAUCCAAUUUUGAUGAAGAAUUCAUAGAAGGGAAUCUUGGUGGUUUUGUUUAA